AUGUACUUUUUCAACUCGGUCGAUCGAAGCAAUCUGGGAAACGCCAAAACUGAUCACAUCGACGUUGAUCUGCACUUCACAGGAAACCAGUAUUCAUUGCUUCUGUUACUGUUCUACAUUCCGAAUGGCUUGUGCGAUCUACCUCUCAAUAUGCUCACGAAGCGCUUCUCUGGACGUGUCAUGUUACCAACUUUGAUGCUCGGAUGGGGCGCGAUGGCACUCACACAAUGUGCUGCGAAGAAUUUUGGCGGCCUUCUGGCCCUACGAUUAAUUUUGGCAGUCUUUGAAGCCGGAUUCUUCGCUGGUACCGUAUUCUACCUCUCGCUAUUCUAUGCUAGAGGCGAGCUGGGCUUUCGAAUCGCCAUUUUCUUCGGCUCUGCUCUGCUCGCCUCAGCCUUUUCCGGCUUGAUAUCUUAUGGCGUAUUCCAAGUCCACAGCAGCCAUGUGCAAGGAUGGCAACUUCUGUUCAUUAUUGAAGGAAGCUUAACCUGCAUCGUAGCAAUCGCCGGCUUCUUCUGGCUUCCAGGUACUCCGGAAUCUGCUUGGUUCCUCAACGACUCGGAGAAGCUUGCGGCUAGAAUGCGUAUGCUCCGUGAUGGCUCUUCUGAGGUUGGUACGAAGUUCCGUCUCAAAGACUGUUUCCGGACUUGGCGGAACUGGAAAUUUAUUCUUUGGUGCAUCAUCUCCUUCACAUAUUCGGUGGCUUUCACCACUACCGCUACUUUUCUGCCGCAAAUCGUGGCUCGUCUUGGUUUCUCUGCUGUCAAAACCAAUCUGUGGACUGUCGCACCGAACAGUGUCGGCUUCGUGGUCUUGCUGUGCGUCACCAAAUCAUCAGACUACUUUCGUGAGAGAAGCUUGCACAUUGUACUCGCUCUCUGCAUCUCACUCACGGGCCUUAUCAUUCUGGCCGCCAUCGAUGUCGUUGACAACAAAGCGGUAGCAUACUUUGCAUGCUUCCUACUCUGCUCUGGUGCCUAUAUCCCAUCGUGUCUGGUACACUCAUGGCACAACAAUAACAACGUCAAUGAAAGCUCCCGGGCGGCUACGACAGGUCUGCUGGUCGGUCUUGGGAAUCUGUCAGGUAUCUUGAGUACCGCAACUUUCAGGACAGAGUACGCACCUGCAUAUAGACCGACGCUAAUCACUACGAGCGCUUGUAACAUCACAUGCAUCAUCUGUACUCUCUGGCUUGGUGUAUGGAUGAAGAUAGAGAAUAGUCGCAGGAACAAGAUACAGGGGCAACAAGGCGGCGUUCAGCAGGUUGACACGAGUGACAAUGUUCAUGGAGAAGAUGACCCUAGUUGGAGGUAUUUCACAUGA